CAUUUUAGUUUAGAUAUUUUUCUCGAGGUUGCAAGUUGUGGAGUGUGUUCCAUAUUUGCAGCAGUGCGCUUGCAUUAUCGCGAAUUCAUUAGUAUUCAUUCGAUCGUCAGGGUAACAAGGUUACGCUGAGGUCGACUGAGUGUAUGCGAAGGUAAUCGCGAGAGCACUUACACCGUAUCGCCCUGCAUGAAGAGUUCCGGCCGCUCAGUGAGGAGGUUAUCUCGCAGCCAGACUAGCAAUUGUCCCAAGGUCCCUGUGAUAUUUCGCAUGCCGAAUUAGCGGGCGAAAGUAACAUCAAUUGUACCAUACAAUUUUGAAAGUGCGGCAAGCAGCAUACUCACACUCGACGCCAGCUUUCCACGAUGUCGGAGAACAGCGAGCAUUCGCCCGACGACACCGAGGCGGAGACAAAGGCGACAGAGGAUGUACCGAACGAUUCGUCCAAGAGCGAAACGAAACUGAUGAUGGACCGGACAGACGCGGCGUUGCUCGAGGAUGAGGAGAUGCCGACGUAUAUGAGCGUAUCCAGCAUCUCCAGACGCGACGAUUCGUCGGAGGUCGUGAACACGAAGCAGCCGGGAAUCGCGCCCAUGCAGGAAGAACGAAGUCCGAGUCCUUAUACUGUGAUGAUCAGUGAUGAUCAAGCGGCAAGCAGCGUAUAUGUUCUGUCAUCUGGAGAGGAAACUGAUCACCUUCCUUACAAUGAUGAAGAUGAUGAAGACGAGUAUGGGGACAGUGAUGAUAUGGAAAAUUUGGAGCUUGAUAAUGAUUCAGAUCGUAGCCAUCCAAAUAGCUUGAAGCAUAUAUUAGAUGAGGAAGAUGAUGAUGAUGAUGAUGAUGAUGAGGAAGAGGACGAGGAGGAGGAUGAGGAUGAGGAGAAUCUUAGACAAAUACAUGAAGAUGAAGUAUAUGAUGAUUAUUAUGACAGAGUAUCUGCUGAUAUUAUUUUAAACAAAGAAUUUAAAAAACGUGACAAAGAAAAGAGUUCUUCUCUUCAAGAUCUAAGCAAGUAUGAUUUAUACAAGAAGAGACAUGCAGCUUGGGGAAAAAAUAAUUUAAACAUUCCACAAAACAUUACGAUGUUUCCCAUGGUACGCAGGAAGCAACCAUUACAACCAAAAUAUCACCAUGUGAAAAGCAAGGUCAAGCUUUACAUACAAGAUAUAAAGGAUCGAAAUAGACGUUCCUUGGAAAAGCAUAUAAAAGAGAGUGAAGAUGCGAUUCACGGUAAAAGUAAUGAUGAACGUAAAGAUAAUGAUAUAGAAGAGACAAAGCCUACAAAUAGAACAAUAAAGAGUUAUGCUGUGAAAACGAUUAAGGAGUUAGAAAUUGCAGAUGCAUAUGAGAAGGAUAAAGUAACUUGCAAUACUUCAUCAAUAAUGUUAAAUGGUCAAGAUAAUAAGAAGAACGAGUUAAAAUCAAUACAAGAGGAAGAUUUAGAUAAACAAGUUGAAAUUCAAAUAAAUGUACCCUUUGCACAGGAUAUAAAGGAUAAUGUAAACUCUGAUGAUAAGAAACAAAAUGGAAUAGCUAAAGUUGAUUUCACUCAAGGAGAAACUCGACAAUUUGGUGUUACUAUACAACCAUCUCUUGUUCAAAAUGGUCAUCAAGGAUCACCAGUACUUUCCAAUAUACAAACUUUGAGUUAUGAAGAAUAUAUGCGUGGUGCCUCAAAAUCUAGUCAGAAAACCGAUUUAAAUCAAAAUGCACAAGUUAUGGAGCAGGAGUUUACUGAGUCUGAAACUUAUAAUGAUGCAGAACCAAUGGAUAUGUCUAAUGUAGACGAUAAUGAUGGAAUAUGCCCCAUAAGGAUCGAAGAUAUUAAACACAUUAAUAUAAUGGAAAACGAAGAAAAAAAUAAGGACAAGAAAGCAGCCUUUGAUAAAGCAAACGAAGCAUUCAAUAAAACAACUUUAGAUACUUCAGAAGUUAUUGCAUUGAAAGAUCAAUUAAAUCAGAAAACUGUACAAUAUAACAACUUGCAUGACAUAUAUCAAAAACAACUUGUAGAAUAUCUAAAAAUGAAACAAGAGGUAGAGGAAUUGAGAAAAUUGUUAACAGAAUAUGAAAAGAAAAAUAAACCUCCGAUACAAAAAGUCGCUUGCAUCCAAACAGACUUUGUUACUGUAACGAAAGAACAAACUUUGCCAGUCAAAGUAACUGAUGAAGAUUGCAAUCAGGCGCAGUCUAUAGAUAUAAAGAAGCAUAAUAAAGUAUCAGGUAGCAGCGUUGCUUCAACACUUAGUUCUAUCGAGCAGUGGACUGAUAGUGCGUGUAAUUUGUCAGUAUCAAUGAAACCACCAGAGGCAUCAAAAACAUUACAUUCUGAUGACAGUAUAAUGUUAACUGAUGACACACCAAGAAAAAAUACACGUACACUAUCACAUGCAUUUAUAACUUCAUCCCGAAUUUUACAAACUCUUUCAAGUAUUACACAGGGAAAAACAAAACCAGAAAGUCCUCUGGUACAAAAUUCGAAGAAGAGGUUAAAUGAGAGUACAGUGAUGGAAUUGCAGAAUGAUGAUGGCAGCUAUCAGGGUCAAUCUUCCAGUUCCAAAAAGAGGAAAAUCUCUGAUAUUCUUGGACCACCUGGCUUUUUACAAAAUUGCAAGACUUCCCAAAGUUCUGUAGAAUCAAAGUUAUAUGAGACGUCUAAUGCGGAGCACAAAUUUAAGUAUCCAUAUAAUUCGAUAAACGAGAGAUCGGAAUCACAAGAAAAUUCAUGUAAUAUUAAUACAAACCAGUUAAGAACUGCAACACCUGUAGAAAGCAAAACCGAAAAUGCUAAUGAUCCAGAAGAUAAUGUAAAAUUCUUUGUUUAUCACGAGAAUGAAAAUAGUGCAGAACGUAGUUUUCUAAUUCAAGCAGAAGAGCCUACAAAAGACAAGAUUGUUAGUGAAAAAACACGCACGCGAGAAUGUGGUCCAUUUUUACUUGGUAACGUAGAAAUAAGAAUGUCUGAAAUAAAUGGGACCAUCAACAUUUGGGGCAAAGAGAUUAAUGACGAAUCUAUGAUUGAGAAUGACAAUGAAAUGGAAACAUCUACUAAAGGAAAAACUGAUAAGAAGUGCUGGCAAAAGACAAGAUUCAACGGCAGUAAUAUAGUGUGUUCAUCAAGUAAGAAAUCAAAAGUACCAGCUAAAUUGGAGAUGAGUUCAGCUACAUCUAAUAUUUCAUGUCCACACUCAAUGUCAUUUAAUAAUACGCCCAAGCCACACUGUUCGAUAGACAAAGUAGAUGCGGAUAGAGCGUGUAGUCCAAGUGUGUGCGUUCCCACUUGCGAAGAUUGUGAUUCCUCAAAACAUAAAGAAUGGCUGAAAUACAAGCGAAUACAUCCUGAAGAAAAGUCACAUUCCUGCUGUGCUCACAAUAUAGAAACAUUAGGACAAAAGUGCAGUUGCUUUUCGCACAAAGAAAAGCAGAAGUCUGAAGACUGUUGUAACUGUAGCAAAGAUAAACACAGCGUCAAGGAACAUCGUCAGAGUUUUUCAAACAAUUCAACGCCUAAUAAGCAUUCACAUGAAAAUUUCAAUCCUGCCACAGAGCACAAUGAACUUGCAUGCGGGUAUCAUGCGGCAUGUCAUCAUUCACUACAUGAUACAAGAGAAAAUUGUCUACAGGACCAUAAACGUUGUAAUACAUCGAUGGGUGCUUCCUCAUGCGACCAAUUAAAACUAACUACAGAUGAAGAAUGUAUUGGAACAUGUCAUUAUCAUUCUUCUAACUUAAAUGAAGAAGAACCAUUAAUAACACAUAAACAAUUUAACGAGACCCCAGAGACACGACGACGUAGAUUAAGUGGAAAAAGAGUACGAAAUAUUUUAAUGGACUUUUUGCGAGGUUGCGGAGAUUGCUACAAUCCGAACACACCUAGUACUAGUAAAAGUUGUUCACACAAGAAGGAGGUACCUUCAACGAGUUGUUCUCCCCAAAUCAAAAUUUCGCCAUGUGUAUCUGCCGAACCGUCAUGUUCGAAUCCAGGGCAAUCUGAUGGAAGAUGCUGUCAUGCUUACGCACAGCGAAUUGAAUGUCAGCUGGAAGAAUUUCGAAUGGAAAUGGAAAAGGUGCGAUCGCGCUCGGAUGCUAUUCUUAACAUGCUCAAUAUGCUUCAUUCUGUGGACACGAACUAACGGAAUUCAUCUAAAUGUUAAUUAUAUAUAUACCUACUGCAUAUGUACAUAUAUCAUAUUCUUGUUUUAAUUUCUCUUUUUCGAUAAACUCUUGCGUUGCUAUCAUAAACGAAGUUCUCCAAUUUCUUUGCAUAUAAAAAUCAUACAUAGUCGAUUUAUUAAAUAAAAUAUACAUAUAAUAAAACACAAAUGUUUACAUUGCAUUUAAUAUAUGCAUAUCCAAUAGCCAUAAAUGUCGAUUUUCUUUUAUUUUUUUCUGUUCUGUUUUUGCUCUUAGCACGUUCGUUAUCGCGGUUGGGAGAGGAGCAUCCUUUCUUUUAGAUCAUUCUGUAUUUUAUUUGUGUAAUUUUAUGACACAGAUGAUGAUUUAUUUAUGUUCAUAAAAAGAAAAAAAUGAUCGGUGUCACACAUAUGUGAUGUGUUGACCUCUUAUAAAAUUAGUCACACGCAUAUGUAAUGCUGAUAGCGAACGUGUUAAUGUAUUGAUAAGUAGGAUUUAAACAAUGCCUUUAUAAGUUCCUUUUCUGUUUUUUUUAUAUAUUAUUUAUAGUUUAUAUAUAUUUAUAAAGGAAAUGACAGCAUAUGUAAAUUAUUUUUACAAAAUAACUUUGUCAAAUUGCGUUAGUAGUCAGUGUACUAUUAUUUGAGAUAAAAAUAUGUGCGAUGUUACGUGGCGUAUUCGUCACAAUUUCAUUAUGCUGAAGUAAAGUAUAGUGUAUUAUUAUAAUAAAAAGCGUGAAACGUU